AUGCGCUCGGCGGCCGCAGCUCCUCGGGGCCCCGCGGCGGCCAUUGAGCCUCGUCGCUUCGCCGCGGCCAGGUGGCCCGGACGGCGCUCGCUCCCGCGGCCGGCGCGGCGGGGCGGCGGCAGCGCCGGGGCUCCGACACCGUAUCCCUCCGCCGCCCCUCCCCCGCCCGGCCCCGGCACCCCUCCCUCCGGGCAACGCUCGCCUCCCUCCGCCUCAGACUGUUUUGGUAGCAACGGCAACGGUGGUGGCGCGCCCCGGCCCGGCUCCCGGCGGCUCCUCGGUUUCGGCGGGUCUCCCCGCCCCUUCGUCGUCCUCCUUCUCCCCCUCGCCGGCCCGGGUGCCCCCCCCGCCGCGCCGACCCGCGCCUCCCCGCUCGGCGCCCGCGCGUCCCCGCCGCGCUCCGGCAUCUCUUCGGCGCACCCGGCUCCCGGCUGUCCCCGCCCGGCGUGCGGGCCGGUGUAUGGGCCCCUCACCAUGUCGCUGAAGCCCCAGCAGCAGCAGCAGCAGCAGAAAGGCCGAAACAGUAGCAAAGGACUGCCUCAGUCUACGAUUUCUUUUGAUGGAAUCUAUGCAAAUAUGAGGAUGGUUCAUAUACUUACAUCAGUUGUUGGAUCCAAAUGUGAAGUACAAGUGAAAAACGGAGGUAUAUAUGAAGGAGUUUUUAAAACAUACAGUCCUAAGUGUGAUUUGGUGCUUGAUGCUGCGCAUGAGAAAAGUACAGAAUCCAGUUCGGGGCCAAAACGUGAAGAAAUAAUGGAGAGUAUUUUGUUCAAGUGUUCAGAUUUUGUUGUGGUACAGUUUAAAGAUAUGGACUCCAGUUAUGCAAGAAGAGAUGCUUUUACUGACUCUGCUAUCAGUGCUAAAGUGAAUGGUGAACACAAAGAGAAGGACCUGGAGCCCUGGGAUGCAGGUGAACUCACUACCAGUGAGGAACUGGAGGCUUUGGAAAAUGAUGUUUCUAAUGGAUGGGAUCCCAAUGACAUGUUUCGAUAUAAUGAAGAAAAUUAUGGUGUAGUGUCUACAUAUGAUAGCAGUCUAUCUUCAUAUACGGUGCCCUUAGAAAGGGAUAACUCAGAAGAAUUUUUAAAACGAGAAGCAAGGGCAAACCAGUUAGCAGAAGAAAUUGAAUCAAGUGCCCAGUAUAAAGCCCGGGUGGCCCUGGAAAAUGAUGAUAGGAGCGAAGAAGAAAAAUACACAGCAGUUCAGAGAAAUUCCAGUGAACGUGAGGGCCACAACAUAAACACUAGGGAAAAUAAAUAUAUUCCUCCUGGACAAAGAAAUAGAGAAGUCAUAUCCUGGGGAAGUGGACGACAGAAUUCACCGCGUAUGGGCCAGCCUGGAUCGGGCUCCAUGCCAUCAAGAUCCACCUCUCACACUUCAGAUUUCAACCCAAAUUCUGGUUCAGACCAAAGAGUAGUUAAUGGAGGUGUUCCCUGGCCAUCGCCUUGCCCAUCUCCUUCCUCUCGCCCACCUUCUCGCUACCAGUCAGGUCCCAACUCUCUUCCACCUCGGGCAGCCACCCCUACACGGCCGCCCUCCAGGCCCCCCUCGCGGCCAUCCAGACCCCCGUCUCACCCCUCUGCUCAUGGUUCUCCAGCUCCUGUCUCUACUAUGCCUAAACGCAUGUCUUCAGAAGGGCCUCCAAGGAUGUCCCCAAAGGCCCAGCGACACCCUCGAAAUCACAGAGUUUCUGCUGGGAGGGGUUCCAUUUCCAGUGGCCUAGAGUUUGUAUCCCACACCCCACCAAGUGAAGCGACUGCUCCUCCAGCAGCAAGGACCAGUCCCGCAGGGGGCACAUGGUCAUCAGUGGUCAGCGGGGUUCCAAGAUUAUCCCCUAAAACUCACAGACCCAGGUCUCCCAGACAGAAUAGUAUCGGAAAUACUCCUAGUGGGCCAGUUCUUGCUUCUCCCCAAGCUGGUAUUAUUCCAGCUGAAGCUGUUGCUAUGCCUGUACCAGCUGCGUCUCCUACACCUGCCAGUCCUGCAUCCAACAGAGCUGUAACCCCAUCUCUUGAGGCUAAAGAUUCCAGGCUUCAAGAUCAGAGGCAGACCUCUUCUGCAGGGAAUAAAGAAAAUAUGAAGCCCAAUGAGACAUCACCUAGCUUCUCAAAAGCUGAAAGUAAAGGUAUAUCACCAAUUGUUUCUGAACAUAGAAAACAGAUCGAUGAUUUAAAGAAAUUUAAGAAUGACUUUAGGUUACAGCCAAGUUCUACUUCUGAAUCUAUGGAUCAGCUGCUAAACAAAAAUAGAGAGGGAGAAAAAUCAAGAGAUUUGAUCAAAGACAAAAUUGAACCAAAUGCUAAGGAUUCUUUCAUUGAAAAUAGCAGCAACUGCACCAGUGGCAGCAGCAAGCCGAGCAGUCCCAGCAUUUCCCCUUCGAUCCUCAGUAACACAGAGCACAAGAGGGGACCUGAGGUCACAUCCCAAGGGGUUCAGACUUCCAGUCCAGGAUGUAAACAAGAGAAAGAUGAUAAAGAGGAGAAGAAAGACGCAGCUGAGCAAGUGAGGAAAUCAACGUUGAAUCCCAAUGCGAAGGAGUUCAACCCUCGUUCCUUUUCUCAGCCAAAGCCUUCUACCACCCCAACUUCGCCUCGUCCUCAAGCACAACCUAGCCCAUCUAUGGUGGGUCAUCAGCAGCCAACUCCAGUUUAUACUCAACCUGUUUGUUUUGCACCAAAUAUGAUGUAUCCAGUCCCAGUGAGCCCAGGAGUACAACCUUUAUAUCCUAUACCUAUGACACCCAUGCCCGUCAAUCAAGCCAAGACAUAUAGAGCAGUACCAAAUAUGCCCCAACAACGGCAAGACCAACAUCAUCAGAGUACCAUGAUGCACCCAGCCUCAGCAGCAGGCCCACCAAUUGUGGCCACCCCACCAGCUUAUUCCACACAAUAUGUUGCCUAUAGUCCUCAGCAGUUUCCAAAUCAGCCUCUUGUUCAGCAUGUGCCACAUUAUCAGUCUCAGCAUCCUCAUGUCUAUAGUCCUGUAAUACAGGGUAAUGCUAGAAUGAUGGCACCACCAACACAUGCCCAGCCUGGUUUAGUAUCUUCUUCAGCAACUCAGUACGGGGCUCAUGAGCAGACGCAUGCGAUGUAUGCAUGUCCCAAAUUACCAUACAACAAGGAGACAAGCCCUUCUUUCUACUUUGCCAUUUCCACUGGCUCCCUUGCUCAGCAGUAUGCGCACCCUAAUGCUACCUUGCACCCUCAUACUCCACAUCCUCAGCCUUCAGCCACCCCCACUGGACAGCAGCAAAACCAACAUGGUGGAAGCCAUCCUGCACCCAGUCCUGUUCAGCACCAUCAGCAUCAGGCCGCCCAGGCUCUCCACCUGGCCAGUCCGCAGCAGCAGUCAGCCAUUUACCAUGCGGGGCUCGCACCAACCCCACCUUCCAUGACACCUGCCUCCAAUACACAGUCGCCACAGAAUAGUUUUCCAACAGCACAACAGACCGUCUUUACGAUUCAUCCUUCUCAUGUUCAGCCAGCUUAUACCAAUCCACCCCACAUGGCCCAUGUACCUCAGGCUCAUGUACAGUCAGGAAUGGUUCCUUCUCAUCCAACUGCCCAUGCGCCAAUGAUGCUAAUGACGACACAGCCACCCGGCGGUCCCCAGGCCGCCCUCGCUCAAAGUGCACUACAGCCCAUUCCAGUCUCGACAACAGCGCAUUUCCCCUAUAUGACGCACCCUUCAGUACAAGCCCACCACCAACAGCAGUUGUAA